GUCUCGCCGCCGCCGCCGCGCAGUAGAGUCAGCAGCAGCCGCCGCCGCCGCGGCUCUCUCUGCUCGCCGUCGCGUCAGGCUUACCGGGCGCCGACGCAAGAUCCGAAAUCAGGCGCCGUGCGAUUCUACGACUAUUUGAUGGAGCAUGAUAUGACAGUUGAAGAUUUUAUUGCAACUAAUGGGUUAGGGACAGGAGGCUCGAUAGACACCAAGGAUCGCAGUGUGCCUAGUUCCUCCCUGUAUGAGUAUCGAUCUUGCGAGAAUGUCGAGAAUGGGAACCCUUCCACGGCCCCUCCCUUUUGGGACUCUGACGGUGAAGAUGAUGAUCCAGGGCCUAGACCUUCAGAUUUAUUUGGGCGGUAUACUUGGAGAAUUGAAAACUUUUCAAAGGAGAAGAAAAGAGAAAUGAAAAGUGAACCGUUUGAAGCUGGUGGUUAUAAAUGGUACAUUCUAGUCUACCCUCAAGGGUGUGAUGUUUCCAAUCACUUGUCAUUAUUUCUCUGUGUUGCUAAUCACGACAAACUUCUUCCAGGAUGGAGUCAUUUUGCACAGUUUACUAUAGCUGUGGGCAAUCAUGAUCCGAAAAAAAUUAAAUAUUCAGACACCUUGCACAGGUUCUGGAAGAAAGAACAUGACUGGGGAUGGAAAAAGUUUAUGGAGUUGUCAAAGAUCCAUGAAGGUUUCCUUGUUGAUGAUGUUCUUGAAAUCAUUGCUCAAGUUCAGGUUAUCAGGGAGAAAGUGGACCGCCCAUUUCGUUGCCUUGACCGCCCUUAUCGACGAGAACUACUCCGUGUCUAUAUGACGAAUAUAGAGCAAAUUUACCGGCGCUUUGUUGAAGAGCGCAGAAGUAGACUUUGCAAGCUCAUUGAGGACAAACUGAGAUGGUCCAGUUUCUGUGCCUUCUGGCUUGCAAUUGACAAAAGAACAAGGCAUCGCAUGUCAAGAGAGAGGAGUGAUGUCAUACUGAAAAUAAUAGUGAAAGAUUUCUUUGUUGAGAAAGAAGUAACUUCAACAUUAGUUAUGGACUCCCUUUAUACAGGGUUGAAGGCCCUUGAGUACCAGAGCAAGAACAAGAGCAAGAAAGGCAUAAUAAACUCAGUGGAUUUUGAAGAGCUGCCAGUGCCUAUGGUCCAUGUUGACAUGGACAUGUUUGUUUUGGCUGGUGAUGUCAUAGCUUUGCUUGACAGGGCAGCUUUAGAACCCUUGCCUUGUCAGCCUGUGUCUCCAAAGGAUGACAAAUGUUCCCAGAGCCGCACUAAGGAUGGUUCUGGAGAAGUUAACAAAGUUUCGAUUGAAUGUGAAGAAAGGCGCCUAACUGAACUUGGUCAGAUGAUACUUGAAACAUUUGCACUAUCCCAUAUAUUCAGUGGGAUUGAGGUUGCCUAUCAAGAAGCUGUUGCUUUGAAGAGGCAAGAGGAGCUUAUUCGCGAGGAGGAAGAAGCUUGGCUCCUUGAAACUGAGAUGAAGGCGAAGCGUGGUGGUACCACUGAAAAGGACAAACGUUCAAAGAAAAAACAGGCAAAACAGAAGAAGAACAAUCGUAAGGUUAAAGACAAAGACAGAGAAGAAAAAUCCAAUUCAAAUUUUGCAGAAAGAAGUCAAGAUGAAAACACAAUUCAUGGCAAGGAGGACUCUAAACAAGCAGGACGGAUAUCUACGAAAAUAGAUGCCUCUGAAGAAGGUGCCUCAGAUGUGUCGGACAAUUUAGAUGAGUCCACUGAGGUACACCAAACUGACACUGGUGAUAAUAUUUCAAAACCUGUUAAUAGAAUGAGUGAUGUUAACAAUGAGAUGAAAAAUGUGCAGAUUUGGAAGAAACACUCUAGUAUGGAGAAUAAGUCAUCAUCAUGUUCAUCUGAAUCUUCUACCAUGAGUAUUGUGCAAGACAAAAGAAACAACUCAUUGGACAGUAAAGAUCAGAUAUCACGUAAUAGAGGGAAAACUCAGCGCAGCAGGAGCAUAAGCAAUAUGAACAGUACUCAAGAUGUGGAUGAUCUUCCAUCAAGCACGACUAGCUCAGACCGGAAUUCAUCUGGCUGUGGCCCAGCUCCGAAGCUUGAUCAGGAGACUGUUCUACUUACCUUAAAAGAUAGGCUUCGGAAACUUGGCGAACGCUUACAUGAGAAGGAAAUUGAGGGCAGGAAACUACUUCAGGCUCAUUUGGAAAAGAAGGCAGCAGCCGAGGCAGCAACCUGUUCAUCCUCGUCACUCUCAUCCAAUUCUUUAGAAGAGACUCCUGAAGUUCUGAAGAGCCCAGAUCAAUCCUCAGUAACUACCUCUGCUGCUGAUAUUAAUGCAUCACCUCCAAAAUCUCUAGCAGUAGUCACUAAUGAUGCCAGUAAAGUCACUCCAGCAAAACCAGCCACCAUUCUAAGCACUAAUUCUGUGCCUACGGUUGUUCCCACUCUGAGUAAAGCAGAGCCAGUUUUGUGUGAAGGGCAUGUGUCAUCUUCGGCUCCACAAAUUGAUACUCCAAUCAACUCAAGUCCACUGCAAGUUGAUAAAGCUGCUACCCUUCUUUCAGGCUUUCUGCUUGUUGAUCAAGCUCUUCCAGUUCCGUCUAAAUCAUCUGCACCACAGGUUGAUAAGGUCUCUAAAGCUGUUCCCGCUCCCCCAAAAUCACCUGCUCCACAGGUUGAUAAGGUCUCUAUAGCUGUUCCGACUCCCCUGAAAUCACCUGCUACACAGGUUGAAAAAGUUGCUAAAGCUAUUCCUGUGCGCCCAAAAUCACCUGCCACACAAGUGGAAAAGGUUACUAAAGCCAUUCCAACACCAAAAUCGCCAGCACCUCAGGUUGAUAAGGUUACCCCACUUAACCCUGUAUCACGGCAAAUGCCUCCUGCAUCUAAUUCAGAAGCUCGAGAAGUUACUGUUCCCAAAAAGGCUGCAAUCCCUUCUAUUUCCCAAACUCCUGUAAUAUCGAGGCCUUCAAGUGCUCCUUUGUUCCAGGCACCAAGAUCAACUUUACCGCCUACUUCAGCAGUUCAAGUUCCCUCAAUGCUUUCUCGCUCAUUGACUGUGGCUGGACGAUCGAGGAAUGAACAAUCCCCUUCUAUCCCAAGUUAUGCAGGACAGACCUACCGAAAUGCCAUCGUCGGUAAGACUAAUCUUGAUACAAGCUCAGCAAGUCUUGAUCAGUCGACUUCUUUUGGCCAAAGUGUCACACCUUCACAGCCACUAUCAACUUAUGCCUCAGCAGCAUCUGCCAUGGUACCUCCUGUUGGAAGGGAUGGGCAGUUGGCAAGUAAACAAUGUUUUAUGUUUGGGCAGAGCAAGUCAGAAGAAAACUGGCACCCAUGGAAAGGUGACAAUGAUGCUAACAAACACAUGUGGGUAGAUGAUUCUCCUUACCAUGAAACGACCAACAGUGAUAUACGUACACGAGCUUGGAUGGACAACUCUUAUCAGCAAGUGAGCUGCAGUAGAACAGAUGAACAAAGCGAAUUUGGGGGACUUCAUAAGCAGUUCCAGAGGGAGGUUCCAACAAACCCUGGCCCAUACCAACUGCCAGGGCCAAUGGGAGAAGAAUUCCCACACAUUGAUAUCAUCAAUGACUUGCUUGAGGAGGAACAAAGCAGUGGGAGCAUGGCAGAGUCUACCUUCCACGAAUACCAUUCGUUUGGCUUGCCAUUUUCUUCUAGAGGAAACUUAGUGAACUCUGAAGUGACUUCCGCAGGUAGCUCUGGCCGGUUGAACUUGACUGACCACUACUAUGAUGAGGGUUACCCUGUGGCUUAUGACAGGCUGAAUGCUCUUUAUAGGUUGAGAGAGGGACAAUUUUCCACACUUGAUGCUUAUUCCAAUGGAAGGAUGGAUUCGAUUACUUCAAAACCUUGGCUACAUAACUUUUCAAAUCCAGCGGUGAACCUUGGGGCUAACCUGAAUGGAUUCUCACGGCAAAUGGGAAACUACACCAAUUUAGGGAGUGGGCGGAUGAACGGAGAAUAUCUGUAUCACCAUGCCAACGGGCAAUGGUGAUGCCUGUACACAAUCGAUAAUAAUGCCUGCUAUAAGUUGUCACAGACCAUGGUUGCAUGAUCUAAGGGUCGCCAUGGCCUUCAUGUUGUAACUUCUAAUUUAAAAGGGGGAAAGAAAGAAUACAUUGUGUAGAGCAUUGCAGUAUCCUUUAAA